AUGCCUGUGAGAAGAGGUCACGUUGCGCCACAAAACACAUUCCUUGGAUUAAUUAUUCGGAAAUUCGAGGGUCAAAACCGGAAAUUUGUGAUAGCCAAUGCCAGGGUGGAGAACUGUGCUAUCAUCUACUGCAACGAUGGCUUCUGUGAGAUGACAGGCUUCUCAAGAUCAGACAUCAUGCAGAAGCCGUGCACCUGUGACUUCCUCCAUGGUGACCUGUCCGACAAAGAGGCCAUCGGCCAGGUGGCCCAGGCUGUGAUGGGGUCCGAGGAGCGCAAGGUGGAGAUCACCUACUACCGUAAGGAUGGGACUGACUUCCAGUGUAACAUUCACAUAAUCCCAGUGAAGAAUGAGGAGGGCAUUGUGAUGAUGUUCAUCUUAAAUUUUGAUUACAUUCUGGAUGAAGGAAGUGACAACUCCACUGAGAAGAUAAGCCCUACAUCACCAACAAAGUCAGAUCAAAGGAGGAGUCGAUUCUUCCGCUUCCGGCAAGCUGCUUUGAGCUUAAUGAAUACAAACAAGCAAUCUCUUCCACAAGAGGACCCAGAUGCUGUGAUGGUGGACUCGCCCAAAGAGAACGCGGACUCGGUGGCCCUGCAGAGCUUCCCCUCACCCACCAAGAGCAUUUGCAGCCCCAUUGAGGCCAAUGACACACAUGCCCUCAUAAGCUCAAGCCACCACUCUUCCCAGGCUAGCAUGGGUCCCGAACCACUUGACCAUUCAUCCCCUAAACUCCCCUGGGAGAAGCUGUAUCAGUCAGAGCUGCAUCCGUCCUCUACCUCCCUGUCAAAUACCUUCCCCAGAGGCAGCAUCAGCAGCAUGAGGCGAGCCUCGUCCGUCCAUGAAAUUGAGGGCUAUAGCUCCAAUUCUAAAAGCCUAUUCAGGGAUCGUCAAACAGGUGAAGGCCCUUUUAAUCACGUGAAGUCCAGCCUGCUUGGCUCUACCUCUGAUUCAAACAUCAACAGGUAUAGCACCAUCAACAGGAUCCCCCUAAUUGCUCUCAACUUUUCUGAGGGGACUGAAAAGAAGACUCAUUCUCCACCAACAUCUGAGAACACCAUCAUAGCACCAAAGGUCAAAGACAGAACUCAUAAUGUCACGGAAAAAGUCACACAGGUCCUAUCACUCGGAGCUGAUGUGUUGCCAGAGUACAAACUCCAGACAGCCCGCAUUGACAAGUUCACCAUCCUCCACUACAGCCCCUUCAAAGCUGUAUGGGACUGGCUGAUCCUGCUGCUGGUCAUCUACACAGCAAUCCUCACUCCGUACUCGGCUGCUUUUCUUCUCAACGACCAAGAGGAGCAGAAGAGGCGCGAAUGUGGAUACUCCUGCAGCCCUCUUAAUGUGGUGGACUUAAUGGUGGACAUCAUGUUCAUUAUUGACAUCCUCAUUAACUUCAGGACCACUUACGUAAACGUGAACGAGGAAGUGGUCAGCCAUCCAGCUAAGAUAGCAAUCCAUUACUUUAAAGGAUGGUUUCUUAUAGACAUGGUGGCAGCGAUCCCCUUUGACCUUCUUAUCUUUGGCUCAGGAUCAGAUGAGACUACCACUCUGAUUGGACUGUUGAAGACAGCUAGGCUCCUGCGAUUGGUGCGUGUAGCCAGGAAGCUGGACCGCUACUCUGAGUAUGGAGCUGCAGUCCUUAUGUUGCUCAUGUGCAUCUUCGCCCUCAUUGCCCACUGGCUCGCUUGUAUAUGGUAUGCCAUUGGCAAUGUAGAGAAGCCGUACUUGGAGCACAAGAUUGGCUGGCUAGACAAUCUGGGAGUGUCCAUAGGAAAGAGAUACAACUACAGCGAUCCUAGCUCUGGUCCAUCUAUCAAGGACAAGUAUGUCACAGCACUUUACUUCACCUUCAGCAGCCUAACCAGUGUGGGCUUUGGGAACGUUUCCCCAAACACCAACUCGGAAAAGAUCUUUUCCAUCUGUGUCAUGUUAAUUGGCUCUCUCAUGUAUGCCAGUAUCUUUGGAAACGUCUCUGCCAUCAUCCAGAGAUUGUACUCGGGCACAGCACGCUACCAUGCACAAAUGUUGCGGGUCAAGGAGUUCAUUCGCUUUCACCAGAUUCCCAACCCACUGAGGCAGAGGCUGGAGGAGUACUUCCAACACUCCUGGACCUACACCAAUGGCAUUGAUAUGAACACGGAGGUGCUAAAAGGUUUUCCUGAGUGCCUGCAGGCAGAUAUCUGCCUUCACCUCAAUAAUAAUCUUCUUCACAAUUGCAAAGCGUUUGAAGGAGCCACCAAAGGCUGCCUAAGAGCCUUGGCCAUGCACUUUAAAACCACUCAUGCCCCUCCUGGAGACACCCUGGUCCACAGUGGUGAUGUGCUCACUGCUCUCUACUUUCUGUCCCGCGGCUCCAUUGAGAUCCUUAAAGAUGACAUUGUGGUAGCUAUCCUGGGAAAAAAUGACAUCUUUGGAGAAAUGAUCCAUCUAUAUGCCAAGCCUGGAAAGUCCAAUGCUGAUGUGCGAGCUCUGAGUUACUGUGACCUGAGCACCAUUCAGAGGGAAGAUCUGCUAGAAGUGUUAGACAUGUACCCAGAGUUUGCUGACUGCUUCUUCAACAACCUGGAGCUUACCUUCAACCUCAGAGAUGAGUCUCCUAAGUCCUCCAGUUCCAAUGAUUGUGAUUCAGAUGGUGAGGGCACUAGGAACACUAAGAGAAGGAUCUCCUUCACUCCAGAUCUCUCUAAAGGGGAAAACAAGGAAGUGGUUACAGACUUGGGGAGGGAGAGGGAGUCAGAUUCGUGCCUGAAGAGAUGUUCUGUCUUGGGUCCCUCUUCACACAAUGCCCCAGUCUUGGACUCGGAUCUUAUUGGACACAUCCAGGUCAGAGGCAGCUUGGAGAGAAGUCCAUCUUUUGAAGAUCUGUGCUGUGAUAAAUGGGUCUGUAAGAAGCCUACGGACUACCUGGAUGAGUCAGCACAGUUCCAGGACCUGAGAGAGGACGAUAAUUCUGCCAGUGAAAUCACAUAUGGAGAGGUGGAACAGCGCUUAGGUCAGCUACAAGAGCAUUUAAACAGGCUGGAGUCUCAGCUGGUGUCAGAUAUUCAGACCAUCCUGCAGCUGCUGCAGAGACAGCCGACCCUGGGACCUCCGGCCUACAGCACUGUGACUGCCAGUCCGGACUAUCACAGACCUGCUGUGAAGGUUCAGCCAGUUGCUUUGACUGCAAGCCAUUUUUUCAGCCAUACGGGGACACAAGGUCCCAACCACAAACUGGAGAAGACCAUUCAGGAAUCCAAAGACUCUCUGUCGAGCUUGGCCAACAUGAAUGCACCCAGUGAGGACAGCCUUACAGCAUUGGUUGUACAAAGACAUACAGAACCACAACAACAGCAACAAGAGAUCACAGGCCAUCAACAGUCUGCGUUGAUCCUUCUUCCAACUGAAACCUCUUCCUCUUCCUCCCCACCCCCCUCUGACUCCAACUUUAACACCACUGGACUCCAUAGACCUGCCUCAGACACACAGUUUCCAAGGCCAUAA